AUGGCUACCCUAGCUGGGCCCUCCAUGCUUGCUCGAAUGAACAAAGAAGGGAGGUUUUUGGCUCAUGAUGGCGGGGUCGACGUACGAGACCUUUCGUUCGGACGUCAUGCUUCAGGAUACCAGCACUCGAGUAGCCGGCACAGCCACUCAGAUCCUGAUGAAGUGUCGCAGUAUGGAAACACGCAAAACCCGUCGGGCGGGGAUGUUGAAGUCCCGUCCAACAAGAAGCCAAAGUUGGGGCAUGUGAAAGUCGAAUCUGCGGUUGGACAAACUUCGCAAUUGGAGAAGAUCCUGGCAAAUCUUUCUCCCAAAGCACCAUCGGGAUUCCGCGCAGAUUCUGAUCACCCCUCUCGCUCAUCCCGAAUGACCUCGUCGAACGACACAUUUCCAGCCGCAGAUACAGCUGGAAUUUCCAAUGGCUAUUCACAGGAUAACAAGAUGGUGGAGCUUAUUCGACUUAAGCAGGAACUACUUGCAGCCAAUUCCAAAAUUGCUCUACAAGAGCAAGAGCUUGCCCAAAACCGCGUGAUCAAGCACACUCUGGAUCAGGCUUUAGGCCCUCCAUCUGAGGCUGAGACUGGAAGUCGUGAGAUCACUGAACAGACCAUCAAUAGCUUGCAAAACGCUUUCAAUGCUUCCAACCCCUCGUUCGGCCAGUUUCAAGACACAUGGAAUUCACAGGAGGACUCGCGGUCCGAUGUCUCUGAUGCGUUGUCUUCUGGUGCUUACAGUCGUGCUCGUGGGCUUUGGAGCCAAAAUGGCCAGCCAUCUUUUGGUAUAAGCACUCAAGAUCCUGCCUUUGACAAAAUUUACGGGGAGCUCCUUCAGGGAGCUCACCCGGUGGCUCAAGACUCAGGUCGCUUUUGGGGUACUUCACCUGUGUGCCCGGCUGCUUUUGCUCCCCCAGGAGCCUUUCCGCCUCACAGAAUACUGUCGGGUCCCUCGAACAGUGGAUACGGUUUUUAUCAGCGACCACCAGGUGAACAAUCUCGUUCUUUCCAAGCCCCAAACCCCGGACCCCGCCGUUCUCUCACACAGGGAGGCCGUGGUGGGCCUAUUUUCUCGGCUCAGAGCACCACCUGGAGCAGUUUGAAUUCGGGACCUCCUAGUGAUCCAGCUCCCAAAUCCCCUGUGUCGCCAACCAGAUCAUCCAGCGCCUUUCAACCAUUUGGAAUGUAUCCAGUACCUUACCAUGCCCGGCCCGGUGCAACAACACUCUCCCCUACAGCGUCUGAGUUUACCACUGCUAACUCUAAUGUACCCCCUUGGGCAAGUUCUCCGAAUGGUGGAAGCUCCAUGCAAACCUACCUUUCACCCCUUGAGCCGCUCAACUAUAGACGUCUCCUUGAUAAAAAUGUUUCCUGUGACUGGAAAUAUAUUGUAGACAAAAUCGUGUGCAACAAUGAUCAACAAGCGUCUAUUUUCCUUCAGCAGAAGCUCAAAGUCGGCACCUCGGAGCAGAAGUUUGACAUCAUCCAGGCAAUUGUCAGCCAGGCAUACCCGCUCAUGAUAAAUCGCUUUGGGAACUUUCUUGUCCAACGUUGCUUCGAGCAUGGAACACCCGAGCAAAUCGUCGCCAUCGCCCAUGCGAUUCGGGGCAAUACCCUCAGCCUGAGUAUGGAUCCCUUCGGUUGUCACGUCAUUCAAAAGGCGUUUGAUUGUGUUCCAGAAGAGCAUAAAGCUGUCAUGGUUCACGAACUCCUUCGUAGGAUCCCGGAGACGGUGAUUCAUCGGUAUUCCUGCCAUGUUUGGCAGAAACUCUUUGAACUUCGAUGGAGUGGCGAACCUCCACAGAUCAUGGCGAAGGUGAAUGAGGCGCUAGAUGGGAUGUGGCAUGAAGUUGCCUUGGGAGAAACGGGGAGCCUGGUUGUGCAAAACAUUUUCGAAAACUGUGUCGAGGAAGAGAAGCGCCCGGCGAUCGAAGAAGUCUUGGGGAAGGUCGAUGUUCUUGCUCACGGCCAAUUUGGUAAUUGGUGCAUCCAGCACAUCUGCGAACAUGGAGCUCCUCACGACAAAAGCCGUGCGAUUGAACAUGUCCUCCAUUAUGCUGUGGAUUACAGCAUGGAUCAGUUCGCGUCGAAGAUUGUCGAGAAAUGUUUGAAAAUCGGAGGCACCGAAUUUUUGGACCGCUAUCUCUCUCGAGUAUGCACAGGUCGUGCAGAUCGACCCCGAAUGCCAUUGAUUGACAUUGCGGGAGAUCAGUAUGGCAAUUAUCUAAUUCAAUGGGUCCUCGUGAAUGCCGCACCUCACCAGCGUGAGCUUGUUGCCAGUCAUAUCCGUAAGCACAUGGUUUCGCUGCGGGGCUCCAAGUUUGGCUCCCGUGUCGCAAUGCUUUGUUGCAAUCCAUCCCAUGCCACACGCCCUGGCCCUGGCACCGGAAUGCAAGUUGGUCGCUUCAACCAUUUCAAUGAAGACAGAUUUCCCUCCGGUGCAUCCAAUGGUGGCCGUUUCACUCGUGGAAACCAAUGGAGUUCUGGCCCAUUCCAUUGA